AUGGCAUUUCAAUCACUGAGGCAUAUGUUGCUUUUCCUCAACAAACAACCCACAAUGGGUCGGCUCCCCUAUCUCUUCGAAGGUCAUCGAAAACCCAUGCUAGGUAUUACAGCCAAGCAAACCGUCGUCAAAUAUCCUGGUAAUCAAUCCUGUACCCCACGAUAUAUCCAGCCCUCUUACUGCACCAAUUACAACUCAACUUUUUCUGACACCAGUCCCCCUCCUACGGUACUUGGGUCUCGACCUGGGGAGAAGAGAGGAGAAAAUGGAAGCUUCUUCCUAUCUGGAUCUGGUCUAGGUACUACGAUAGCUGGUGGAAAACGGCGGCUCAAUCACUAG